AUGGCAAUGUCGAAUCUCUACUCGAAGAUCUCCACUAAGCCAAUGAAGCGUUUUCAGGACAACGUCACGGUCAAACAAACCAAUGCUUGGAUGAACGCGGAAUCUCCAAGUAAUACAUCAGAUUCACCAUCAUCAGUGAGUCCACUCUCUUCAUCUAUUGUAUUACAACGCGAAGGAACUACAGUCAAUCAGCCAUUGAGUGCGCCUGCAUCACCUUUGUCUUCCUUAUCCUCACCCGUGACUCAAUUAAAUUUACCAUCACCCGGAGAUUGCACUCAAGAUCCUAAUUGGCAAGCAACAAAACCUACAGUUCGAGAACGAAACGCGGCCAUGUUUAAUAAUCAUCUCAUGGCCGAUAUUAUAUUUAUUGUUGGCAGUCCAGGACACACACAAACAAUACCAGCACAUAAAUAUGUUCUUGCUACUGGCAGUUCUGUAUUUUAUGCUAUGUUCUACGGAGGAUUACCUGAAAAUAAAAGAGAUAUAGAAGUGCCUGAUGUUGAACCAGCAGCUUUUCUUGCGUUAUUGAGAUAUAUGUAUUGUGACGAAGUGCAACUAGAAGCAGAUACAGUUCUGGCGACAUUAUACGUCGCAAAAAAAUAUAUAGUUCCACACCUGGCACGGGCAUGUGUCAAUUAUCUAGAGACGAGUCUUACAGCAAAAAACGCAUGUUUGCUUCUGAGUCAAUCUCGCUUAUUUGAAGAACCUAAUCUCAUGCAACGUUGCUGGGAGGUGAUUGAUGCACAAGCAGAAAUGGCACUAAGAUCUGAUGGUUUUGUGGAUAUUGAUAUUCAUACACUCGAAUCUGUUUUAUCUCGAGAGACGUUAAAUUGCAAAGAAAUUCAUAUAUGGGAUGCUGCAUUACGAUGGGCUUCUGCGGAAUGCAUACGGCAAGAUCUCGAGCCUAUUCCCGCCAAUCAAAGGCAAUUACUAGGAUCUGCCUUAUAUUUAAUUAGACUUCCUGCUAUGAAUCUUGAAGAAUUCGCAAACAGUGCAGCACAGACAGGAAUUCUAACACAUCAAGAAACAAUUGAUUUAUUUUUAUACUUUACUGCCAGUAACAAACCACAACUUUGUUUUGCUACCAAGCCACGUCAAGGGCUAAAAACUCAAGUUUGCCAUAGAUUUCAAUCCUGUGCAUAUAGGUCAAAUCAAUGGCGAUACAGAGGUCGUUGCGACUCAAUUCAGUUCAGUGUUGAUAAGAGAAUAUUUGUGAUAGGUUUUGGGCUAUAUGGAAGCUCGUCUGGUGCUUCUGAUUAUAAUGUUAAAAUAGAACUUAAGAGACUCGGUAAUGUUUUGGCAGAGAAUAAUACUAAAUUCUUUUCUGAUGGUUCGAGUAAUACAUUUCAUGUAUAUUUUGAAAAUCCGAUACAAAUCGAGCCAGAAUGUUCAUAUACAGCAAGUGCAAUAUUAGACGGUGGAGAACUGAGCUUUUUCGGUCAAGAAGGUAUGUCGGAAGCAACGGUUGGCAGUGUGAAUUUUCAAUUUCAGUGUAGUUCUGAAAGUACUAAUGGUACUGGUGUCCAAGGAGGACAAAUCCCUGAAUUAAUUUUCUAUGGGCCACCAUCCGAUGAUUGACGGAAAAUCGCAACAGAGCUUGUGGUUUAGUUAUUGAUUUACAACAAAAAAAAUUUAGAUAACAUUCAUUGGGAAUAAAAUCUACAGA